AUGGAACGACCCUCAGGCGCGUCGGCGGCGGCGAAAACGCACGCGCUGCAGUCGUUAGGCGACCUCGCGCUCUUCGACGCGGGCGUCGAGGCGUGCCUCGUCGCGAAGGUGGCGCUGACAGUGCUGGACGCGCUGGAGGCGCCGUCCGGGGACGCGCGGACGUGCCCCGAGCUCCGCGUCGCCGCGGCGCGAAUGCUCAAACAUCUCGCGCAGGACCCGCGCGGCAAGUUCAUCGUCUUUCGCCGAGACGGCGCGUUGCAAAUUCUCGCGGGGUUGCUGCGGUCGCGGACGACGGACUUGAGGGCGCACGCGGCGGGGGCGUUCAUGGGGAUCGCGAUCGAGGUGCAGGCGAAGCUGCCGGUGUGGGAAGCCGCGGGGGCGGACCUGGUGAUGCUGCUGCGGGACCCGUCGCCGCUCGUCGCGGAGAACGCGAUGUACGCGAUUCAAAACGCGUGCGAGCACCCCGUCGCGAAGCGGGCGGCGGUGCAGAUCAUGAGCGAGAAGGACAGGGCGCUCGUGUUUAACAUGCAGGUCAUGGUGAAUAACCAUUAA